AAUCAGAUGCUCGGUGUGGAGUUGGCAUACCUGUAUCCUUCCUCUCUGCAGAGUAAGCAGGAUAGUGACGAUGAACUUACUCCAUACCAUUCUACAUCAUGUUUUUUCAUGUUGGUUUUUACUUUCAUUCGAUGGCUCAUUCGCAGAGAGCAAGACACCUUUGUACAUAGCUGGUUUGUUUCCUCUAUCACCCGGUGGCUGGAUUGAAAACUAUGGCAACCAAUCUCUCAUCUCCGUAUCGAUGGCCAUUGAUCUCAUCAACGACCGCACCGACAUCCUUCCCGAUCACCACCUCAUACUCGUCUACAAUGAUUCCAAGGCAUCUAAUGGACACGCCCUGAAUGCCCUGUUCCAUCAUUUGUACACGCCUCCUACAAAGAUAGCACUGGUAGGAGAAAUAUUAUCAUCUGUCACUGUUCAACUGGCACAAGUCACUGGAUUAUGGAAGUUUAUCGAGAUGGCUUACGCGUCCUCAUCGAUCACGCUCUCGGACCGGGGCCUCUUUCCAUACUUCUUUCGUACCAUUGCAAGUGCAACAGAGAUCAAUCUGGUCCAACUAGCUAUCAUGCAGCAGUAUGGAUGGACCAAAGUUGCGAUCAUUUACGAGACCAACGCACUCCAUGCUGGGGUAUCAUCAAAUCUUCAGGCUAUAUGUGAACAAAGAAAUAUGUCUGUUCUUGCAUCGGAGUCGUUCACACACGAUCCAUCGGACGCAAUUCAACGGUUAAAGCAAAAGGAUGUUCGAAUAAUUGUGGGUAAUUUCUACGAGAAUACAGCACGGAAAGUCUUUUGUGAGGCAUACAAGCACGAUCUUUAUGGCGCCUCUUAUGUGUGGUUCUUGGUUGGAUAUUACACACCUGAUUGGCAGCACCGUGUGGAUCCGAGUGAGGUAGACUGUUCUCCUCAUCAAAUCUUACUGGCCAGCGAGGGUUAUCUCACGGCUACAUGGAGUAUGAAUGGUAGAAAAGAAGAACCGACCAUUACAGGUCGUACCCCUCAGCAGUUCCGCGAUGACAUGGCAGCCAUCUUGGGUCACGUGAUUGAUCUCAAUGGACAGGAUGUGGCGGCAAACGCUCAUGAUGCGAUGUGGGCGAUUGCAUUAGGACUCAAUGCAUCCAUAUCCGACAUAGCACCACGUACACUUGAACAGUAUACAUACGGUGAUGAAGAUAUGGUAGAUAUUUUCAAGGCCAAAAUCGAGCAAACUGAGUUCGAUGGCGUGUCGGGUCCGGUAAGCUUUUCACCUGUUGGCGAUCGAAUUGGUGUCUUUCUCGUUGAACAGAAUAGAGAUGGCUCUGAGAGGGUAAUUGGAACUGCACAGAGAGGAAAAUCAAUUACCUGGUUAUACCCAAGAACGGACAUAUGGAUAAACAACGAUGGGGAGCCGCCAUCAGAUCAUGAUAAGACACGUAUCAUCCGAAUCUAUCAGGGGGUACCUCGUCUUGAAGUAAUUGUCGUCGGUACCCUUGCUACUGCCGGUGUUGUCCUCGCUAUUUCUUUUCUAGUUUUCAACAUAGCCUACAGAAAUAUAAGAGUGAUUAAGAUGUCCAGUCCAAGAAUGAACAAUCUGAUCGUCAUAGGAAUCAUCAUCGCAUAUUUAUCAGCCGUACUGUUUGGACUUGAUUAUGACGGAAUGAGUGACGUCACCAGAAAGUACAUCUGUACGGCCCGUUUAUGGACAAUUACAAUAGCCUUCACACUCGCCUUCGGCGGAAUGUUCACUAAAAUGUGGAGAGUUUACACUAUAAUCGUGUACAAGAAAACGCAGCGCAAGGUCAUCAAGGAUGUUCAGUUAUUUGCUAUCAUACUGGUAUUCUUCAUCAUCGAUCUAAUCAUCCUCAUUUUAAGAGAAAUUAUCGACAGCUACUACAUCAUAGAGGAAUCUACACGGAAAUCACAGACGGCAGAGGAUAUCCGAAAUGAUGUUGUAUUUGUGGAUUUUCACAAGGCCUGUGUGUCUACACGAGAGACAGUCUGGCUGACAAUGCUGAUGGUUAUUAAACUAUUCGUUAUGAUUUUCGGUGCAUUCCUCGCUUGGCAGACGAGGAAUAUUAAUGUGCCAGCCUUGAAUGACAGUUACCACGUGGGCCUUUCUAUUUAUAACGUUGCCAUUUGUUGUGCUGUGGCAGUACCACUCAGUAUAUUCAAAGUGGGUAAUUUGGCUGUUGCGUAUGGUUUGGUGGCUUCAUUCAUGCUCCUGUGCGCAACCACCACGCUGUGUCUUCUCUUCUUUCCGAAGGCCCUUGCAGUUCGCCGAGGUGUGAACAACGUGGGGCCAGAUAACAGGAUUAAGACCAUAUCAUCGGCAGUCGAAAAUUCGGGUUCCUGCAAUCAGGAUAGAGCGACGGAUAGGUUGAAAGUGAAGGAACCCGUCAGGAUUACAUCAUCCGCUCAUAGUAGUGCCAUGGGCAACGAAGGAAGAUCGAAUCGGAUGUUCUAA